GCUGCCCGUGCACGCCCCGCGGGAAGCGCGGCGCUGAGGCUAGCCUCGGCAGCGUGCGUGUUUCCUGCCAGGCAUGGAGGUGUUCCCGUCCCCUCUGGAGUCCGCCAAGUUCAUAGCCGAGCACAGCAAGGAUGUCUCCGUGGACGAGGAAGGGGCGCGGCGGGUGGCGGAGAGCCUGUUCGACAAAGCCUCGGCGGCGGAGUUCGGGCUCGCAGGGUGGAAAAGCCUCCACGAGCUGAACCCCCGGACCGCCGACAAGGAGGCUGUAGACUGGGUGUUCCUGGUGGACACCCUCAACUUCUCCUUCUGGUCCGAGCAGGAGGACCGCAAGUACCUUGUGAAGUACAAGGAUAAAACCUACAGUGGCUACUGGUCGCUGUGCGCCGCUGUCAACAGGGCCCUGGACGACGGAAUACCUAUCACCAGUGCCUCCUAUUUUGCCACCAUGACGCUUGACCAAGUUAGGCAUGUAUUUCGAUCUGACACAGAAGUGCCUUUGCCAUUGAUUGAAGAAAGACAUCGGGUGCUGAACGAAAGUGGAAUAGUUCUGUUAGAGAAGUUUGGAGGGUCCUUCCUCACUUGUGUUAAAAUGAGUGAGAAGAGUGCUCAGAAACUGCUACGUCUCGUACUGGAAAAUUUUCCUUCUUACAGAGAUGAAGCUGUAUUUGAGAAAAAGAAGGUGUCUUUCUACAAACGGGCACAGAUACUUGUGGCUGACACAUGGAGUGUUUUAGAAGGCAAAGGAGAUGGCUCUUUUGAUGAUAUUUCCAGUCUGACAAUAUUUGCUGACUACAGAAUUCCACAAGUCCUUGUUCACUUAAAAGCAAUGAAGUAUUCGGAAGAGUUAAUGAAGAAACUACGUGAAGGAACAUUUUUCUCUAAUCAUGAUCUUGAGUGAGGUUUUAACGUUACUUUUUUGUAAAGACCUAACUGUUUUGUGGAUUAAACAUUGAUAAGGGAGGAAUUAAAGAGACUCAAAGACAAUUUGAGUUUCUGAAAAGCUGCUGUUGCAAAACCACUUUUCUGCAUGAGAAUAGUUACGAUUUUUGAGGUUUACAUAAAAGAAAAAAUGAUUUUGUCAUUAAUUCAAAUAUGAUGUAAAAGCAUGGGAAUUCCUCUUUAUUUGUACUGAACUGCUAGUUAAUAAGCAAAAUAGUAUUAUAAGCAUCCAUUAAAAAAUAUUGCUUUAAAUUAAGUUAAUUGCGUAUGACUAGGAUUUAAUUUUUGAAGCAUGGUUUCAUCUUCCCAGUACUUAGUAACCAUGAAUUUUAGAGAAUAAAAAUAAGCCAAUCUCUUUUGCGCUGUGAAAUGACUGUAUUUAGAUGUGCAACUGCUAUUACACAAUUUCAGAAAUACCCAGGAAGAUAAACAGAUUAAUGCAGUUGCCCUUGUAUUUUAAAAGAAUGUCUGUAAGUGUAUUUAUAUCUUUAUGCAUAUCUAUAUAUUGAAUAGAACUCAUAGACAUUUUAUCCUUCCAGGAAUCCUAAUGAGAACACUCCCAUUUAAAUAAUUCCACUGUUUCUCUGUUUCUCUUUACAUUCAGUUCUUUUGAGGGGCUGCUCGAUUUUUAUUCUAAAAUCUUAGACUUCAGUCAUCCUGGAAGAAAAUA